AUGGCGGAACCCAGUGGUGGUGGCGGCAAUGGCAAUGCCGGCGAGGAGGGAAAUCGGCCACGGGGUAGUGUCGAGACUCCGGAGUCUCGAAUCGACGAUCAAGCAACUGCCGAACCUUCAUCGAGUGUCAGUGUAGCGGUUGCAGGCAGCGGCGGCGAUAGUGGUGGCCAUGCAGCGGCGGUGGCUGGUGGCGAUGAGGGGCGUACGCCAGGAGGGAUAUGGCGUACGCCAGGCUCUGUUGUGAUAGUGGGUCCACAGGUUCGUCGAUUGGAUCCAAGCAGUGGGGUAGAAGGUGUGGUGAUUACCGGUUUGGGCUCGGCUGGAGCCGGCGGCAUCGGUAGGGGCAGUGGUGAUGAUGGUGGCCGACCGGGGACGCCACCUAGGGAUCUGGCGAGGGGCAAAGGUCCCGUGGUUGAGGAGGGUGUAUCCGGAGAGGCACCCGUGGAAGGGGUUGAGUUUCGGCCAGACGUGGGAGUUCGUAUCGGAGGAGGAACUCAGCCGUUUGCUCCGGGAGAACCCGGGGGUGGUGGCUGCAGUGCUGGCAGCAAGGGAGGAUAG